AUGGAUGAGUUCCACCCGUUCAUCGAGGCGCUGCUGCCAAAGGUCCGAGCCUUCGCCUACACUUGGUUUAAUCUUCAGGCCAGAAAAAGGAAAUACUUCAAGAAACACGAGAAGAGGAUGAGCAAAGAGGAGGAGAACACCGUGAAGGAGGAGCUGCUGGGGGAGAAGCCGGAGGUGAAGCAGAAGUGGGCCAGUCGACUCCUGGCCAAGCUGAGGAAGGACAUCCGGCCUGAGUGCAGAGAAGACUUUGUCCUGUCCAUCACAGGCCAGAAAGGAGCCAGCUGCGUCCUCUCCAACCCCGACCAGAAGGGAAAGAUGCGGAGGAUAGACUGCCUCCGACAGGCCGACAAGGUGUGGCGUCUGGACCUGGUCAUGGUGAUCCUGUUCAAAGGGAUCCCUCUGGAGAGCACAGACGGGGAGCGUUUGGUGAAGAGUGCGUUGUGCUCCAGCCCCGUGUUGUGUGUCCAGCCGCACCACAUCUCGGUGUCGGUCAAAGAGCUGGACCUGUACCUGGCCUUCUACGUGCACGAGCGCGACGCAGAGCAGUGCAGUCCCAGCAGGGGGAGCUCUGAGCAGGACGAGAGGCUGGCACCCUCCACAGACGGAGCAGACUUCCAGGAGAACUUUGUGACGUCGGGCGUCUUCAGCGUCACGGAGCUGGUCCAGGUUUCCAGGACUCCUGUGGUGUCCGGCUCCCCCCCCUCCCUCUCUGUGGGGGAGCUGCAUGGACACCUGGCCUACGAGCUGAGCCCAGUGCAGCUGAGCGGGGGCCUGAGGCGCUCUCUGACCAGCUCCUCCUCCAGCGGGAGUAAGCGGCACAAGUCUGGCUCUGUGGAGGAUGAGGCCGACAGCCCGGGGCAGGAGUACUACCCGUCCCCCGCCUCCCCCGGGGGCAGCUCCCGCCACUGGGCAGACGACAUGGACUCAGGAGCUCUGUCCCCCGCCGUGAAGAAGGCUGAGCUGGACAGCCCCCCUCCCCAGGACCACUCCCCCAGACUGGGCUUCACACAGCACCACAGACCGGUCAUUGCCGUCCACAGCGGCCUGUCCCGCAGCCCUCACCCCGCCUCUCUCCACUUCCCUUCGUCCUCCUACUUCUCUCCUGGAGCCAUCCGCUACCCCCCACACCUGUCCCAGGAGCCCCUGAAGGAGCUGCUGUCUCUGGCCUGUGAGCCGGCCCACGCCUCAGCCUCGCUGAACGGUGGAGGUCAGGUGAAGGUUCCUGGGCAUUAUAUCUGCUCUCAGAUGCUCGUCCCCCCGGUGCCCACAGCUCCUGCCCCCUCCUCUGUCCCAGGGCAGACAGAGUCCAAAGCCACGCCCCCCAGCACGUCCGAGGGAGGCUCCCCCACGUACUCUGCUGCAGGAUCUCCUCCUGCUCCUCCAGCCUCCUUCUCUGGGGUCAGUCCUCGGGAUGCGGCUAGUGCCUAUCAGGCCCAGUCCUGGUACCUGGGGAACUGA